AAAUGCAGUCCAUAGCCGUUGUAUCUCUCUGCCUCUUCUUCUUCACCUCAGUAGUCUCAAGCUCCUAUCAUACAAGUGCCAAAUUGCGUCGUGAUGGGGUUCUCAAUCUAUAUCCAUUUCCAAGGGUUGGCCGCGCCAGUCACACUUGGCAGUUGCCAAUCAAGGAAAAACUGCCCAGUCCAUCAGUUUUAGACCCGGAGUCCACGAAACGUCAGCUGUACGCAUUCCCUAGGGUCGGUCGAGACAUGCCCUUAGAAGAUCUUUAUCAUUACAUAAAACGACAGAGCUUUGAACCUCAAAGUAAGGAAGUUGGGAUGUGGUUUGGCCCACGGCUGGGGAGAGCUUACCAUGGCGAUGACAUUGAAAUGACGGACAAUGAGGCUGAAAGGGGCGAACAAUUGGAGCAAAACGUCUCCGAGCGCGAGAAAAGAAACGCCAAAGAAAUUUAAUUUAAUGAAAUCGUUAAAUCCUUUAAAUUAUAUAAAAAAAAAAAAAAAAUUAAUCAUUAUUGGGCUUUCACGAGUAUUAUUACGAGCUAUAGUUUUAUUAAAACCUACUUCGAGAAAUUUAGUUACUCACUUUACACCUUAAAUCGUAAUUGUGAAAAAUAUUAAAAUUAUUUGCUAUUCCUUUUAAUAAAAAAAUUAUUUUUCACUCGAAAAAUCUCGUCUAAGCUCGAUAUAAUUUAACGAUUGACAUCGCCAAACUCUUUGUAUAUCUAGCCAAAAUUGCUAUGUCAAUUUUAUUAAUAAUCUGUGGCAACUGAAAUACCGCCAUUGUACGCAAUAAGUGUUACCUGUUCAUUUUCAAUAUAAAACUGAUGGAAAUAUUUAACGGCUGGGUGGAUUUUUCUAAUCCAAAAAAAUAUUUCCACCAUUUAAUAUAUGAAAUUAUUUCUUAAAUGUAAUUUAUUAAUAGAUUUAACUAA